AUGUUGCUCGGCUGCUAAACCGGAAAUUUUCGCCUCAAGCUGGCGUGGUUGGGAAUCCAAGAUGGCGGGCGCCAGUGUUGUGGUACCUCGCAAUUUUCGCUUGCUCGAGGAACUAGAAGAAGGCCAGAAAGGUGGUGACGGUUUAGUUAGCUGGGGCCUGGAGGACGACGACGAUAUGAACCUAACGACAUGGACCGGUAUGAUCCUUGGUCCUCCAAGAACUGUUUAUGAAAACAGAAUAUAUAACCUGAAGAUAACCUGCGGUCCUAAAUAUCCAGAUGACCCACCUAAUGUGCGGUUUAAAACAAGGAUAAACAUCAAUGGAGUGAAUGCUGCUGGUGUCGUUGAUCCAAAAUCGUGUAAGGUAUUAAAAAGCUGGUUGAGGAGUAAUACAAUAAAAACUGUCCUACAGGAGUUAAGGAGAAUGAUGACCCUUAAAGAGAACUUAAAGCUUACUCAGCCACCAGAGGGAAGCACGUAUGAUGGACAUUAAAUGAAACUUGGCCUUUCUUUAGAUUCUUCUGCAAAUUACACUUAGUAGCAGUUCCCUUUGAUGAAGAAAAAGUGGAUCAAUGUUAUUAUCUUUGCAAAUGCCCACCCCCCCUUCCAUAAGCCAACAACAGUCAACUGGUAGCAAGUUAAGGUUAAUGUUGGGGUUAGGGGAGGGGUGGGUGAGUAGUUGCCCACAUAGUGAUAUUGAGUAACUUUGCACCCACCCCUCCCAUAACCCAACAACAGUCAGCUGAUAACAACUUAGGGUUAAUGGUGGGUUAGGGGAGGGGUAGGUGUGCAGUUGCUAACAGACAUUGAGCAACUAUGCACCUACCCCUCCCAUAACCCAACAACAGUCAACUGAUAACAAGUUAGGUUUAAUGUUGUGUCAGGGGAGGGGUGAGUGUGCCAUUGGUCAACAAACUGACCCUGAUCAAAAAGAGUCGUGUAAAGCAGCAAGCAAUUCUCAGGUAUCUUGAACAGUAUUCCUACAGUGCAUGUUUCAAGUCAGACUUGUGCACUUGUUAGAUAAACAAAUGCAUCAGCUAAUUUAGGUGCAAAUGUGUGAUGGUCCAAGGAAUUUCUUUCUCCCCUUUUAAACUGAGUUACACCUCAUUUUUGGAAUAUUUUCUCUUUUUGUGGCCCAUGGGCAGUGGUUUGUUAGAAUCUUAAAAUGUAACCUAGAUGUUAGUGCAGAGCUGCUUGUCUUGACUACAUAUGUUUUCCAAAUGUAAAAUGAUGUCAGCUUUAUUCAUUUGUAAGUAACAUUUAGCUUCUGGUGUGCUUUAUAGUACUUUUACUGACCUCAAGUCUUGUAUUGACUCGCAUGUAAGUGUUUGAUUGUUGUAAUAAAGUGAUCAAUUUCUUUUCCAAUGUGGCAUUUAGAGUGCAGCAAAAUAAAGGAAGUUUAUGACAAA